CGGUGAGGGCCAGGCUUCUGAGGAAAGGAAAGUGAAAGUAACUGGGCAGAUGGUGAAGAGCUAAAGGCAAGGCCGCACGCAGUGCCUGCAGCCUCCCUCCACCUCCGGAAACUCGUGCCGCACCCGAGGGAUCCAUCAAUGGGCAAACUUCCUUGUCAGAGCUCCUGGAAAGGACAGAGGCAGUGAAAAUCUAAUCAAGAGUGAUCUUAGGCCAGCUCUAUGACCUAAGGAGAAGAUGGCAAGUGCAGGUACCCCCCUCAGCUGCAGAAUGAUCACAGGGGACCAGAACCCAGAGGAGCAGAACCCAGAGGUGCAGUUUUUCUAUGAGUUCAUAUUCAGGCUCUUCAAAGAAAAUAAGGUGGAGAUUGCAAGUGCAAUAACAAAGCCGUUUCCUUUCCUCAUGGGCCUCCGAGAUCGGGGCUUCAUCCCUGAGCAGAUGUACAAGCAUUUUCAAGAAGCUUGUGGAAAUCUGGUCCCGGUGGAAAGAGUGGUGUAUGAUGCUCUCAGUGAACUGGAGAAGAAAUUUGACAAGACAAUUCUGGAUGCCCUGUUCAGCAGAGUUAACCUGAAGGCCUAUCCUGAUUUACUUCAGAUUUGCAGAAACUUCCAAAAUGUGAUUCAUGAAAACUUCCAUUACCAAACCGUUGGUGAAGGAGAGACAAAGGAGACAUUCAACUUACAAUUAAACCGUGAACAAGUGUCCUUGGAACAGUCACCUCUCCAAAGGAACAAUGUAAUGAGGUUAGAAGAUGUACCCAGCUUACUGCCAUAUGACAGACGAGGGAACAACAAUGCCUGGUGGGAGAUCUGUGAUGGAGAAGAGCUCCAGGGAGCCUCGAACUUCCCACCAAGAUGUGAGCUGGUUUCCUGUGAGCACAAAGCUCUUCAAAGGACAAACGAAGGCAAGUCUGAAGAGAUUCCCAAACUGCAAGCAGUGACCUGUUAUCCCAAAGCUCCCCAGAUGACUCACGAAGGAAAACCCAAGGAGGUGCUCAGCCUACUACCAGUAGAGGGAGAAGAGGACAACAAUGCCUGUUGGGAGGUCUGUGACAAAGAAGAGCCCCAGGAAGCCUCGAACUCCCCACCAGGAUGUGAGUCAGUGUCCUGUGAUCCUGAAGCUUCCCAAAUGACCAACGAAGAAGAACCAGAGGAGCUGCCUAGUCAACCACUAUGUGAUGGAGAAGAAGGAAGCAGUACCUGUUCAGAAAUGUGUGAUGAAGAAGAACCCCAGGAAUCCUUGAGCUCACUACCAAAAAGGGGAGCAGUAUCUGGCAAACUAGAAGCUCUCCAAAUGAAUACAGAAGGAGAUUCUGAAGAGCUAACUUCUAGUCCACUAUCUUAUGAUGGACAAGGAGCAGAGCUACCAACAUUUGGAAAUGAGAAGUGUUCCUGUGUUAUGUGUUUCUCAAAAGAUGUGCCAGGAGGUCCAGAAGGAAGUACUGAAAGUAAAGAAGCUAGUGACAUGAUGGAUACUGUGGAUCUUGGAAACAACUCUACUUUGGGAAAACUCAAGAGGAAAAGAAAAAAAAAGAAAGGGCAUUCCUGGACAAGAGUAAAAAUGAAAUAUCGGAGAAACAUACAUCAAAAAGACAAUAGCAACGCUGCUGGCCAACUGGCCUCGAGUGGAAAGAAGGUGAAAAGGCAUCUGCAGGACCCUGCCAAAAUCAGGCGGAGAAGGAGAGGCAGACAGAGACUCCACUUAACUCAUAGUGGCAGAGCCCUACAGAAAAAAGUUAAGUCAAGAGGGCAAAGAAAGCACAGAUAUGAAAAAGUGGAUUUUCACUCUCAGAUACUUCCUGUGACCUGUGGUAAGGUGAAGGGGAUGUUACAUAAGAAGAAAUUGGAAGAAGGAGUUUUGGUGAAGUGUAUACAGAGUGAGAAUGGAGACUGGUUCACCCCCAGGGAAUUUGAAAUCAGAGGAGGCCACGAAAGAUCCAAGAACUGGAAGAUAAGCGUUCGCUGUAGUGGGAUGCCCCUACGUUGGCUGAUCGAGAAAAGAUUUCUCCAUAACCCUCCAAGGAAAUAUGGCAGGAUAAGAAAGAAAGGAGUACCGAAGUCUCACGACAAUACUUUAGAUAACCUUUGUCUGGGAAACUCAGAUGUGUGUGAGACGUGCCGGGAUGGAGGAAAGCUGUUUUGCUGUGAUACUUGUUCGAGAUCUUUUCAUGAGGACUGUCACAUCCCACCUGUGGAAACUGAGAGGAGCCCGUGGAGUUGCACCUUCUGCAGGAUGAAGGAGUCUUCUGGAAGCCAGCAGUGUCUCGGGCAAUCUGGGGUCCUGGCAAGGCAGAUGCAGCCCGAGGAGCAGUUGAAAUGUGAGUUCCUCCUCUUGAAGGUCUAUUGUCAUACAGAGAGCACCUUUUUUGCGAAGAUUCCAUACUACUAUUAUAUUAAAGAGGCUUCUGAAAACCUAAAGGAACCCAUGUGGUUGGACAAGAUCAAGAAGAGGCUGAAUGAGCAGGGUUACUCCCACGUGGAGGGGUUUGUGCAGGACAUGCGCCUCAUCUUUCAGAACCACAGGGCAUCUUACAAGUUCAACGACUUUGGCCUAAUGGGACUUAGACUGGAGGCAGAAUUUGAGAAGAAUUUCAAGGAAGUGUUCACUAUUCAGGAAACAAAUGAGGACAGUUCACUGGAAUAGUGGAUGUUGUUAGUGUCCUGGAAAACCCCUUUUGGAGCAGACUUCUCAUCCCCCAGCCGCAUGGAAGGCUGGCUGCUGACACCGCCCCUCCCCAGAGCAUUGCCUUCAGCAAAUGCAGCCAGCUUCACCUGGAGGGUUACACUUCCUUGGCCUGGGGGCCAGCCUCCAGUGCCAAGGUGGAUUCAACCUUGUGUUAUGAUUCAUGCUCCCGUGUUCCUCGUGAGAUCGGGCUGGAGCUAGUCUGUGGCUGUAAUCACAUCCUUGCUUAGCUUUUCCUGCAAUCUUGCUUCCCUCCCCCCUUUCUCCCAAAGAAGCUCACAAUAAAUCACUUACUUAAGAGA